UUUUUUUUCUCCUGUUCUCGUCACAUUCUUUCUUUCUUUUUUUCCUCUUUCUCUCUCUCUUUCUCUCCCUUCUCUCCUUUCUGCUCAUUUCAUUCUUAGACUUCUUUCUGUCUCAAUUGCUUGCUUGUACCACGUAUACUCUCAUUAUCCUUCUAAAUACUCAUUGCAGAAAGUUGAACACUGUCGAGUGGAGGAAGGACAGAAGUGCUGUCAAGUGCCUAACAGGAUAGAAGGAUCGUAUCGCCAUUACCAUCGUGUGUUGGCCCUCCACCAUGUUAAAAUCCUUUCCUGUAGCCCCAUUGGGCCAAAAUUAUACAGAGUUCCUAGAAUCCAGUGACGAAAAAUCUUUAGCCACUUUCUUACAGGAGCGUCUUGAGAAAUACAAAGAAUGUGUGCUCCAACUGGCAGAACAACAAGACGUUACAAAAGUUGUAUCGAAUGCAGAAGGAGGAGCCCCUGUCCGAGGUGGCAUUGAUGCUUUAGUGGAUGGACUGAUCGCAAUUCAUGACGACACUAGAGCUGUACUACAUACUGAGAACUGGGGCGCAUUACCAGCUUUUUGGGAGAGAUUCGAAAAGAUCGUAUCGAAACUCAAGCUGCUUAGGAUCAACAAAGAUGACUUUGAGACAAUAAAGGCACUCACACGUGGGCAAUAUGGCAAGGUUUCAAUUGUCCGCAGCCGUCUCGAUGGCGGAAUAUACGCAAUGAAAACUCUGAACAAGAUGUAUAUUCUUUCGCAGAAAGAUAAAAUUUUGUACAUGGAAGAACGAGAGGUAUUAGCUAUUACAUCUGAGUGGUUCCCAAAACUGCAUGCGGCCUUUCAGGACGAAGUCAACUUGUAUCUUGUCAUGGAAUACGCACCUGGAGGGGACUUGUAUAGCGUAUUGGACAAAAAGCAGGACGAACUUAACAAGGCACAAGGAGUAGACAGAUCGGCGAGCGCUGGUCUCGAUCAAGAUGAUGGAGGCGUUUCCGAUGACGAAGACACUACACUGACAGAGGAUGAAAUUCGAUUCUACAUUGCAGAAAUCAUCUUGGCCGUUGCAGAGCUGCAUCGAAAUAAUUACAUUCACAGGGAUCUUAAACCUCAGAACAUCCUUCUGGAUGCAUCGGGCCAUAUCAUGCUAGCCGAUUUUGGCGCCUGCGCAAGACUUGACCCUGAAGGCCAGGUCCAUGGGCAGACAGUUCCCCUUGGAACGUGGGACUACAUGUCGCCCGAGGUCGUAGAUGCUCAAUCAGGUGGGAAACCAUACGGCAAAGAAGUUGACUGGUGGGCUGUGGGUGUGGUAAUGUACGAAUUAUUAGUAGGAGAGCCUCCGUUCUUUGCUGAAAGCGCCAUGGGGAUCAUACGUUUAUUACGAGAUCACGAGAAAAAUCUUAGCUUCGACAAAGCGCCCGGUCUCAGUAAUGACUGCAAAGACCUCAUUACUAGGCUACUUGCUCGAAAGGAAAACCGUCUAGGCAAGAAUGGAGUGGAGGAGAUCAAAGCUCAUCCGUUUUUUAAGAAUAUUGACUGGGAUAACAUUCGCAAGUCAAUACCACCGUUCCUUCCCGUAAUCGAAACACCUGACGACACAUCAAAUUUUCGAUUUGACGACGAAUUGGAUGGUAGUGAUGAAACAAUGCAGGAUAAACAGUCAACUGUGGUCGAUUACAGGGGUGGACAGCUGCGUCGGUUCGAGGGAUAUAAUCUUGCAUUUAUCGGAUACACCUAUCAAACCUUUGUAGAUUUUGGUAUGAGCCAAUCCAUCUCAGGAAGCUCUAUUUCUGCUACAAAGGAAAAUGGCAGAUUCAGGCGUGAGCCUUCAUUAACUGGCCUAGAUAAAGAUGAUGUUGGACGCAUGCGUAUGGAGCAGGAGAUAUUCCGACUUACAGGAGAGCUUGCCGCAAAAGAGGAGCUGUUGACUGAACUCAACAAUGUCCAUCAAGCAUUAUUGACGCAGUAUGACGAGCAUGUAGCGCAGGCAACAGCAGCAGAAUCUGAACUCUCCGCCAAGCUGGUCGGCAUAGCUGCGGUGGCUGAACGAGAGCGGGUUGAAGCUGAAGAGGCAACGCUGGACCUUAAAAACAGUCUGGGAAUACAGCUUAAGAAAACUCUGCAACUUGAGCAAGAGAACGAAACCUUACGAACGAAAUGUGGUGAGCUUGAGAAUGAAAUUGAGCGGCAGCGCGAGUCGAUCCUGAAACAGGAGAUUGAGGGCCAGAAAGUCUCUUUGCUCAAGGCAGAGAAUGAAGAGCUCCGAAACCAACAGGAACACGGUAAACUUAAGGAAAAUCAACUUCUUUUGACAGAAAUGGAGCGUGGUAAUCGGCUCAGGGAGGAAAACGAAGCGCUGCGGCUGCAGAUCCGCGAACUUGAGCGCCAAGAAGAACAAUCGAGUUUGGAUUAUAGAAACACAAUAUCUGAGCUUAAAAAGGCUCUACGCGGUGUCCAGGAGGACGUAGCAUCUCAACUCCAAACCCGUAAGAGGCUGGAAGAAGAUCUGCAUCAACAUGCUGAGGCUAGGGCAAAUCUACAAGAGUCAUUAAACAAGGCUCUCGAGAAGCUUGAGCAAAGGGACGUUGAAGUAGCGCAAUUAACGAAGGCAUGUGAAGUGGCCAUGGAUGCAUCCGCUUCAGGAGCGAAUGGUGGGGGUAGCGUGCGCACCAUCUAUCCUUCAAUGCUUAAACGUGAGCGUGCUAGCAAUAAAGUCCUGAUCCAGCAGCUGGAAGAACAAGGCGAGAAGAUAACAGAGCUGGAGAACAAGAUCAAGCACUUGGAGCAGGAAAAGGGUCGUCAACAUGCCCUCCGUAGCCCAGACAGAGCGCUAUCCCCUAUGCACUCGACGCAUGACAUGGCUUCAUUGUCCAGUCCUACUAAGAUGUUAAUGGAGCUGUGUGCACCGGAAGAUGCGUCAGGUUGGAUCCGCGUCUCUUGGCCUUCGACAGAGAAGAGAGGAGGAAAGCAGGUUUGGAAAAAGCAAUUUGUGGUCCUGAAAGAUCUACGAAUUUUUGCUUUGGAGAAGGAAGGUGAUCCUAGCACAGCUCAAAACUGCAAGGUACUUGCCGACCUGAGGUCUGAUUUUUUCUCUGUCCGGACAGUGAACCGGUCCGAACUCAUUCAUGCAACCGCUAAGGAACUGGAAUGCAUUUUUCAAUUACGAAGCUCGAACAUUGGCGUCACUUCAACAACAUCCACGUUUUCGACCGCUACAACGGAUACUUCUAUUUCCGUGGCCAACAUGACAAAUGGAUCUAGUUCAUCUACACCAACGAGCGGUCUGAAUCGUGCAGAAUUACAAGCCAAGGUCGACACUCUCAAGGCAGAGAUUGCUAAGGAGGAACAGAUCAAACGUGGAGCGGAAUCCAUGCAAGCAGCCUGGAUGGGAACCAAAGGCACCAGUGACGCUUAUUUGAAAUCCAAAGAAAAUGUUGAUUUGUGUAUCAAAAUCAUCAAGGAAAAAACCGCAGAAGUCGAGCGUUUAAGUGCUUUAUUGAAUGCACCCGAGGUAUGAAAAAGAGCAAGAUAAGUGAGCUAUGUCUCGUUGUUUUAUCAAUUUUUUUUUCUUUUUUAAAAAUACAAUGCUGAGAGAUAACAUUUUGAUAUAGCAUAAGGCCGAGUCUUCUCCAGAUCUGUUCUCUGCUGAGCGGAGCCAUAGAGCCAAGGAGCUGGAGAAGCUGAUUGCCAUUGAACGUAGCCAUCUUGAGGCAGCG